ACUCAAAGCAACCACCGCCAGUUCAUUGAAUCUUAAAUAUGAGUCAACCUGAAGAGACUUUUGAGAAAACUGCUCCUAUAGCAUCUGAGAUCCCUCUUAAUCCUGAACUAACUUCUAGCAGCAGCCUUUGGCAACAACUUCAAAGCAAAAAAAGUACUUUGAAAAUUCUGUCAUGGAUUUUUGUUAUAUUGUAUUCUAUAUAUUUCUUCAUUUUGUUUUUUAUUUAUCUCUGUAACUAUUUGUCUAGUGCAUAUGCCAAAUAUGGCGAAACAGCCAGUGAUAAAUUUUUACAUCCUGCGAUGAACAUGAUAGCUAAAAGGAAAACCAUUGAAAGAAUUGCAUCUUAUUUUACAUUUAUUCCUUGCUUGAUACUCGGUCUUUUCUGCUUGAUUUUGCUUUCAAUUUACUUUCGUUCUCUUGUUGUUAAGGUUGAGGGUAAUUUAAUCCCUUUGGAAGAUUUUUCAAGGAAAGGCGAUGAUAAAAAGGAAAACUAGAUUUACCAACAUCUAGACUAUGGUCUUAGUCCAAGCCCUGUUUUUCCUGAGAAUCUGGGAUAUUUUAAGAAUGCUUGCUCGUGUUUCCUUCAAGGAAUCGAAACCAUUCCUAAAUGAUUUGAACGUUUACGAAAACUAUAUGAAAAACGGUGCAAAUUCUGUAUGAUAAGCGACAUACUUGAACACUACUAGUUAUGAAUAACAUGGAGUCUCCUAAUCAUUACCUUGACAACAAAUGGAUGAUUGAAGAAGGCCUGAAAUUUAAUGAGUAUUGCAAACUUGGAAUAACGAAUAUCAUAUCAACUCUGAUUAAUCUUGACGAAACCUUCAAUAAACGCUCCUUUUCAACUACAGCGGAAUCCAUACUUGCCAAAUCACAUUCAUUCUAUAGAUUAUGGAAAGAAAAGUGCUUCAAAUUAGGUCAAGGUGACUAUACAUAAUUCGUUCGUUGACUUCUCUUCAUUCGCCAUCUCUACAGCUUCCUGAAAAAGCCACGGUGUUUACCCAAAAAUAUUGUGUUUCUUAUGCUUUAUGAAAAGUCAAUCUUGAUGAAAAUUCUAUACAAAGCUCUUUCUUUCAUACUAAUCGAUAGAACUCUUAAAAAGCUCAAUUUCUUGUUUUGUUUAUGUCACAGCAGGAUCCUUACGCCGUAUAAUAAUGUUUUUCGAAUAAAAUAAACAGCUAAAGCAGUAUGGAUGUAUGCUGAAUUGGACGUUGCUCUAUACGUAUAUAAAAGCUAUAAUGUCUAGGGACCUAGGUAGCUUAAUGAUUUUGCAGGAAAACCAUCUCAUUUAGCCAGAUCAGUCAAAUCUUCCAAUCUGAAGAAUUCGCUUGUAGACACAGAGAUAUAUAUAUUUAGUUUUGCUAAUCAAAUCAAUCAAAAGACUUGUUAUUGCAUCAUCAAUUAUAUAAGGGUCUUUACUUUCCGAUCGCAUAAUUCUUGAUUUCUGUAUCACGGUUUUAAUUGUUUGUUUACAAGCUGUAAUACAUCAUCCUUUCG